UUUUUUUUUUUUUUUGUUAAUAAACAGUCGUUUCUUCUUCCUUUAUUUCUAAAACCUUGGCAAUUUUACUGAACACACUCUCUCUCUCUCUCUAAAAGGACCGCAAUUUCGAAAUCAAAGAUGCAGCAGCAGGGUGGAGGAUCGGAGAUGGAAGUAACAUGGGAGGAUCAGCAAAACAUUAACAAAUUUGGAAGAUUAAAUAACAGAUAUCAUGAGCUUGAGGAUGAAAUCAAGAUCGCUAAGGAAACGAAUGAGAACCUAGAGGAUGCUAGCAAUGAGUUGAUCCUCACUGACGAAGACUCAGUGAGGUUCCAGAUAGGAGAGGUCUUUGUUCAUAUGGCAAAUGAUGAAGUAGAGAGCAAGAUUGAUCAGAUGAAAGAGAUGACAACUAAGAACUUGGAAAAGCUUGAAGAAGAGAAGGCAUCUUUGCUUUCUCAAAUGGCAGAGUUAAAGAAGAUUCUGUAUGGGAAGUUCAAGGAUUCAAUCAAUUUGGAGGAGGAUUAGUUUGGGCAAUUUAUUCCCAUUUCUUUUUGGUAUGCAUGCAAGACUACCUGUAGGAAACAUAAUUGUAUUCUCUUACAUGAAGGAGUGAAGGAACGCCCACUUCUGGAAUAUCUGGCAUCAUCGGCACCAUGACGGGGCCUAGAGAGUUAUGUGGCCCAAACUUCUGUUUUUGUCCUUUAUAAAAAGCUUUGGCAUUUUUAUUUACCAACCAAUGUAUUGAAUUGUAGUGAUGGAUUGGUUCACAUAAAUCUGCGGACUCCAAAUUUCAACUAUGAGUUUCAUGGGUUUGUUAAGUUGGAUCGCUGAUUUGCUGAAGUUUUAGUUUUGUUUUUCAACUUUGUCAGUCCUGCCAAGACAGCCAGUGAACUAAAUGUUAAGAUGAUACCAAACCUGUUUUGCAG